CAACACCGGACCUAACGUCCCCCUUCUCUCCUUUCUUUCUUGCGACGGAGGCCAAAGCCGAGGAAACAAAACGAUAUUAUGCAGCUCCCCUGAAUCGAGACCCACCGCUCCGCUCUGCCUCACCUCGCCGACUAGGGUUUUUGCCGCCGCUGAUCUCGCCGUCCCCGCCAUGGACGCCUCGCACACGGGCUUCUCCUCCGCCGCCGGCGAGGCCCCGACCACCGGGGAGCACCGGAUGGGGACCACCAUCGUCGGGGUCUGCUACGACGGUGGCGUCAUCCUCGGCGCCGAUUCCAGGACCAGCACUGGAAUGUAUGUAGCCAACCGUGCUUCAGACAAGAUUACUCAACUGACAGACAAUGUGUAUGUCUGUCGCUCUGGAUCUGCUGCUGAUACACAAGUCAUUUCGGACUAUGUACGUUAUUUCCUCCACCAACACACGAUCCAGCUUGGACAACCAGCUACUGUUAAAGUUGCAGCAAACUUGAUUAGGUUGCUAGCUUAUCAGAACAAGAACAUGUUGCAAGCUGGCAUGAUUGUUGGAGGAUGGGAUAAGUAUGAGGGAGGCCAAAUUUUCUCGGUUCCUCUUGGUGGAACUAUCUUGAAGCAACCAUUUGCAAUUGGAGGUUCAGGUUCCAGUUACCUAUAUGCCCUUCUUGAUCAUGAAUGGAAAGAGGGAAUGAGCCAGGAAGAGGCAGAGAAAUUUGUGGUGAAGGUAGUUUCCCUUGCUAUGGCCCGUGAUGGUGCUAGUGGAGGGGUUGUCCGUACAGUUACUAUAAAUGCUGAUGGCGUGAAGAGGAACUUUUACCCUGGCGACAAGCUACCCCUGUGGCACGAUGAGCUGGAGCCCCAUCACUCUUUGCUUGAUAUUCUUGCCGCUGGGAACCCUGAUCCCAUGGUGCAGUGAAUUUGCCCUCCACUUCCUUUGUGAACUUUUCACUGUAUCUGACUUGUUCAAACGAUUGGAACCAAUUCCUGCUGAACUAUGUCACACCAGAGUAUUUACAUAUUGUUAUCACCCCUGUUUAGCUGAAUUGUUGGUGUUUUGAGUUAAUGGUUACUGGUUAGCGUGCUGUUGCUGUAGUUGUA